CACAUAUCUGAACCAGUCCUGGGCCUCCCCUAGGUCGACUCAGCUUCAAAUGAGUGCCAGGUGCAAUGAGUAAACAUCAGAACUGGGGAGACAAAGGUGGCCAGGCGUGGUGCUGGCCACCCUCUUGUGGCGUGCCGGCCUUCAUAUGUGCUCGCUAACGGCACUUGCCCCAACAGUGUGUUUAGGUAAAAAUGUUAGAUCUUUGUCUUUGCCUGUUUGGGUGAGUGUAGCAGCUGUGUGUGUGUGAGUCUGCCUGUUGGUGGUGGGAGGUCGUGACAGGUGGAUGUGUCCUGUACGAUGAGAGAACACACGGGCACGGCCGGGCGACACAUGGCACCACUAUCCACCACUCCGACUUUUCCAGACCAUUACCUCCCUCCGCCCCUCCGUGAUCCUCGCGAGGGGUUAACGAGGGGAACAAACACGGGGGACGGAGCUCGGCAAGCCGGCGCUGGGGCGAGGGGGGUGUUGUCAAUUGCGCGGCGAUGCGUGUCCCGGUGUCCCCCCUCCCAUCCUGUCCCCCCUCACCGGCCCCGCCGCGAGGGGCCUCACCUCGUCCCACUUGCGUGCUGGAGGCGACAGCAGCAGCAGCAGCAAGGGCCGAGAUGGAGGAGGGGAACAGCAGCAGCCACCGCCCGGGGAACGAGACGGAGCCCGGGUACGGGAUGGGCGCCUCAUUCAGCACCGCCGACAUCGUGGUGAUCGCCGCCUACUUCGCGCUCAACGUCCUCGUGGGCGUGUGGUCAUCGUGCCGCGUGAGCCGCAACACCUUGCAGGGCUACUUCCUCGCCGGGAGGGACAUGGCGUGGUGGCCGAUCGGAGCGUCUCUGUUCGCCAGCAGCGAGGGCUCGGGGCUCUUCAUCGGCCUCGCGGGGACCGGCGCAGCAAGCGGCAUCGCGGUGGCGGGGUUCGAGUGGAACGCCACCUACGUGCUCCUGGCGCUCGCCUGGGUGUUCGUGCCCGUGUACAUCUCAGCAGAGAUCGUGACGAUGCCCGAGUACCUGCAGAAGCGUUUCGGCGGGGAGCGCAUCCGCAUGUACCUGUCCGCGCUCUCCCUCCUGCUCUCCGUCUUCACCAAGAUUUCCACCGACCUCUACUCGGGGGCGCUGUUCAUCCACGUGUGUCUCGGGUGGAACCUCUACCUCUCCACGGUGCUCAUGCUGGUGGUGACAGCACUCUACACCAUCGCGGGGGGCCUCGCUGCCGUCAUCUACACGGAUGCGCUGCAGACGGUCAUCAUGAUCAUCGGGGCCGUGAUCCUCAGCGUGUCCGCGUUCCGACAGAUCGGGGGCUACGCAAGGCUGGAGGAGGUUUACCUGCGUGCGAUACCAGCGCGCAUCAUCCCCAACGCCAGCUGCCACUUGCCGCGCGCCGACGCCAUGCACAUGUUCCGCGACGCGCGCUCCGGGGACCUGCCCUGGCCCGGGAUGCUCUUCGGCCUCUCCAUCCUAGCCACUUGGUACUGGUGCACGGACCAGGUGAUCGUGCAGCGCUCGCUGUCCGCCAAGAACCUGAGCCAUGCCAAGGGUGGCUCCAUUUUAGCGAGCUACCUCAAGAUGCUGCCCAUGGGGCUCAUCAUCAUGCCUGGCAUGAUCAGCCGUGCUCUCUACCCCGACUCUGUGGGCUGUGUGGACCCGGGCGAGUGUCGCAAGGUGUGUGGCUCGGAGGUCGGCUGCUCCAACAUCGCCUACCCCAAGCUCGUCAUUGAACUCAUGCCCAGCGGACUGCGAGGACUUAUGAUCGCUGUGAUGAUGGCUGCCCUCAUGUCCUCCCUCACCUCCAUCUUCAACUCUUCCAGCACACUCUUCACCAUGGACAUCUGGAAGAAGUUCCGGCGCCGUGCCUCUGAGCGGGAGCUGCUGCUUGUUGGAAGGUGCUCGCUGACAGUACUUGCCCCGACAGCCUGUGUGGGCUACACAGGGGAUCUGUGUCUCUGCGUGCUGCCCAGGCUGGUAACCGUGAUACUGGUGGCCGCGAGCCUCGUCUGGAUCCCCAUCUUACAAAGCGCCAACAGCGGGCAGCUCUACGUGUACAUCCAGUCGGUGACGAGCUACCUGGCGCCGCCCGUCACCGCCGUGUUCGUGCUCGCCGUCUUCUGGGAACGCACCAACGAGAAGGGCGCCUUCUGGGGGAUGAUGGUGGGGCUGGCGCUGGGCGUGAUGCGCAUGGUGCUCGAGUUUGUGCACCCGCCGGGGCGGUGCGGCGAGGCCGACCUGCGCCCCACCAUCGCCCGCCUGCACUACCUCUACUUCGCCAUCAUCCUGUGCGGCCUCAGUGCCAUCGUCAUCGUCGCCGUCAGCCUCCUCACCGAGCCACAGCCACGCGACCAGGUGGUGGGGCUCACGUGGAGGACCGCGUCGCACAGGGCCGCGCGUCGGCGGCGCACUCUCCCCGCCACCACCACCACCCCCCCGCACAAAGGUUGCGGGGAGCCUGGCUGCUCUCGCCCCUGGGGGGGGGCCGGCAGGGGACUGUGCGUCGGUGAUGCGGCCCCGCCGCCCCCCGCCGUGGUGGCCCCGCGGGGCCAGGCCGCGAGGGAUGAGGGCGAGCGGCCCCUGUGGGCCCGGGUCUGCUGCAUCAACGCCGUCGUCCUAAUCGGCGUCAACAUCUACUUCUACGGCUACUUCGCUUAGAGGCGUGGCCGUCGAGGAGCAGAUGCCACUCAUCAGCACGCUCACCGGACUCAUAAUUACGCACUCACUUCGGCCAGAAUGAUCCGACGCCCUGCUGAUCUGAUUGGAUGUUUAUUGAUUAAACUCAACUCUUGUUCAGCAGGGAGCUGCCAAGCUCACACUUGGGGGUGAUAUUGUUGCUGCUGUGUAAUUCCAGUUGAGUAAUUUGCAGGUAAUUUUCAGCAUUGGGAUAUUUGGCCAAUCCCAGACAACAUGUGUGUGUUUUUAGCUACGAGAGGAAAUCAGAAAACCCAGAGGAAACCCACGCACAGCAGGGGAAACCAUACAAACUCCACACAGAGAGGUUCCCGGGUACGGACUCCGACACGACUGCGCUGCCGUCUUGCCGCCUGGUGUGCUGGUCGAGUCUGGAAUGGAAUCCAACUCAAAGAAGCCACACAUCGCGCCUAUUUAUAUUUUACACAUCCCAUCACUCAUGCUAAUGAGACGCUGCACUGGUCCACAGUUUGGCUUGUAAAUCUUGACUCAAAGCUUUCGUGACUCAGGAAUUCAUAUUCCUUGGGUCUUUCGGUAAAGUCACAUUAUUUUCUUUGAAGCUAUCUACAUGGCUUUACCUAAAGACCCAAAUAAAAUAGCUUUUGCUUGUGUUGAACCAAUAAUGCUCAAAUGUUUCGCAGAAGGAUGUGGCCAAUGGAACGAAUCGAGAUAAUCGACUGCCAAUGUCCGCUCCAGCCCCACAAUGCGGCAGGACACAUCCCCACCUCCCAGCGAAGCUCCCCAUCGCACCACUCCACGCACACGAAUUCUCAUCGAAGUGCUCGUUAACGUUACUGCUUACGAGGACCUUAAUUGGCAUUGGCGAUUUUAUUGACAUGAUGCAUGUGCUUGCUAAAACAAUUGGUUGUGUAUGAAACACACUCCAGAAAUCCAGCGAAUAAAGAUCCUGAGGUUC